AUGGCGACCAACGGCGACGGCGUCUCUGAGAACGGUCGCAGCAAGAGAUUCCGUGCUACCGCCGGCUCUACGGGCCACCACGACGACGGCGACAACACCUCUGAUGGCACCGGUGAGGACUACGAUGCCGGCAGCGACGACUACGGAGGCUACGACGAGGAAACCGUCGGGUACGCCUCCGGCGAGGAUUACUUCUUCAACGACGACUGCAACGGCGAGGAAACCUGGGUGACGAGCGUCGUCGACGACUGCGACAGGAGGAGGCGGCAGGAGCGCGUCGUCGUCGUCCUGACCGAGGACGACGUCCGCCGCCGGCAGGACGAGGUGACGGCGAAGGUUGCCGAGAUCCUGUCGUUCCCGGCGGGCUUCGCGGCCGCGGUGCUGCGGCACUGCGGGUGGGACGCCGGGCGCGUCGAGGACCAGUGGUUCUCGGACGACCGCCGCGUCCGCGGCGCCGUGGGCCUGCCGCCGACGGAUGGCGCCGUCCCGGUCCCUACGGCGCUCAGCGCGGCCGAGGCCCCGUGCGGCAUCUGCUUCACCCGGCACCCCGCCGGGCAGAUGCGGUCGGCGGCGUGCCGUGCCCACUUCUACUGCGGCGAGUGCUGGCGCGGGUACAUCGCCGCGGCGGUGGGCGAGGGCGGCGCGCGGUGCCUGUCGCUCCGGUGCCCGGAGCCGGCCUGCGCGGCGGCCGUCGUCAGGGAGCUCGUCGACGCGGCGGCCGGCGCCGCCGACCGCUCCCGGUACGCGCGGUUCGCGCUCCGGUCGUUCGUGGAGGAGGGCGCCGGGCACCGGAUCAAGUGGUGCCCCGGGCCCGGGUGCACCCGCGCCGUGGAGCUUGCGGCGGGCGGCGCCGACGCCGACGCGGACGUGUUCUGCGACUGCCGGCACGGCUUCUGCUGGCGGUGCGGCGAGGAGGCGCACCGGCCGCUCUCGUGCGAGACGGUGCGCGCGUGGCUGGAGAAGAACAGCUCCUUCUCGGAGACGGCCAACUGGGUGCUGGCCAACACCAAGCCCUGCCCCAGUUGCCGGCGGCCGAUGGAGAAGGACCAGGGCUGCAUGCACAUGACCUGCCCGCCCCCCUGCGGCCACCAAUUCUGCUGGGUCUGCCUGGACCCCUGGGACCGGCACCGGGGCUGCGUGGGGUUCCGGCCGGACGGAGACGAGGAGGACGCCGCCGCCGACCCCGGCAGCCAGGAGAAGGUGGCGGCGGACCUGAGCCGCCGCCGGCUGGCCAGCGCGUCGGACAGGUACCUGUACCACUACGAGCGGUGGGUGGCCAACUUCUCGUCGCUGGAGAGCGUGUUCAGGGACAUGGCGGAGCUGGAGGGCUCGGAGAUCGCGCGGAUCGCCGCCGUGGCGGGGCUGCCGGAGACGGAGUUCGGCUUCCUGACGCGGGCGUACGAGGUGGUCGCCGGCGGGCGGCGGGUGCUCAAGUGGGCGCACGCGUACGGGUACUACCUGGACCCGGGCCGCGACGCGGCGAGGCGCGGCCUGCUCGAGGACCUGCUGGACCAGGCGAACGCGUGGCUGGAGAGGCUGCACGCCAGCGCCGAGCUGGAGCGGAGGGAGACCUUCUGCUCCAGCGCCGAGCCCGCCGUGAUCCGCGAGGUGCUCCUGGGGUACUACAAGGGCAGGGUCGAGAACCUCACCGCCGUGACGCGGACGUUCCUGGGCAACCUGGUGAAGGCGUUCGAGUCCGACGACCUGCCCAAGCUGAGCCAUUGA